UAUAAUUAUUUGAAACAAUUCUAAUUUAUUCAAUUCCGAUAUUACAUCAAUUUCAAAUGAUAAGGAAACUGAACCUAUUUUACCAUUAUUGAUAUUGUAAUACGAGUAUUGUUACUAUUGUUAUUAAUUUUCUCUAUUAUUAUUAUUAAUACUAUUACUAUUAUUAUUACUACAAUUAUUAUUAAAAUCUUUAAUACGAGCCAUUCAUUAUAAUAUACAAAUUGAUGAAUGGAUAAUAAUUUUCAUAGGAUGUUUAAAAAAUGUAAUACAUUUAUUUCACUAGUUCUAUAUAAAUAUUAUAUAUUCACAGAAGUUUUGACACAAUACUAUCUUUUGUAUUUGAGCUGAUAUCUUUGAAAAAUUAUUUUUUAUUUUAUUCUUUUUAUCACGUUAUAUAUCUUCAAUUUAGUAUGAGACUCGUUUCGAUAUGUACGACAUCUACCGGAUAUAUUAAAGAAUUACUUCAUGAUUGUACAUGAAACUGUGAUCGUUUACAAAAACUUUUUUAACCAAGUAUGAAUAAAAUAUCAAUUAUGAAUUUUGCAAUCGGUAUAUAGUCAACUGAUAAUGAAAUGCAAGCAAGAAAAUCUCUUGAAUUAACACUAGCUAUACUUAAACCACAUGUUGUUAAAUGUCCUUUCGUGCUUCAGAAAAUUCGUGACUUGAUAAUCGAAAAUAAUUUCAAAAUUGUUAGAACGCGCAGAACUAUCUUGACGUCUGAAGAAGCAGCAUUGUUUUACUUUGAUCACAAAGAUAAGUUCUUUUACAAUCGUCUGUUAACUUUUAUGUGUAGUGGCCCAUCAGAUAUUCAUAUAUUAGCUGGUCAUGAUGCUAUUGUACGAUGGAGAGGAUUGAUGGGUCCUACUAAAACAUAUCAAGCUCAAUAUAUAGCACCAAAUAGUAUUCGAGGUAUGUUUGGUCUUUCGGACACUAGGAAUGCAACUCAUGGGUCGGAUUCUCCAGAAGCUGUGAAACGAGAAAUAGCAAUAUUUUUUGAAGACUUUGAUAUGAAACAGUGGUAUGAAAGAGAAGAAAUAUUUUAUAACUUAGAAAAACUACAAUUUGAUCCAAUAUCUUUUGUACAUAUUAUUGACAAAAGUUCUUUAGUUCCUGCUAAAUGAUAAAAUAUAAUAAGGGAAACAUGCAAAAUAGUUUUGCUAACAAGUAACGAAUUAAAUAAAAUCUAGUUAGAUGAAUUUAUAAAAUAAAAAUGUAACAGAGUCAUAAAUUAGAAUAGAUAUGUUGUAUAAUGUUAAAACAUGAGUAUAUAUUUUUUGGAAAAAUACAUAUAAUAUAUAUUUCAUUGUCACUUGAAAUUGCAAUAUACAAACUAAUUAUAAAUAAUGAGACUAGACAAUUUUCACAUAAAAUGUAUAUACAAAUUAUUUUUUGAUUUGCGAAACGAUUGACUUAAAGUCAAUUGUGCAAAUACAAUAUACAACAUUUUAUUAAUAUAUUUUGUUAAAAACGCUUCCCUGUUUGUACCCAUUUAAUCUGCUAUGAAUCUAACAUUUAAGCAUUUAUUUUCACAUAAACUUUAGGCCUUGAAAAUACUUUUAUAGCUUCCUCUAGUUUAUUCAAUUGUUUUUCAAUUUCCAUUUUCCUUUUUUGAGCUCUGAGUGUAUCUGUUUUUAUUGGCAUCAUGUUUAAUUCGUUAACAUAAUCUUGAUAAUCUGUAAUAAUUACUUUUAGAGGCUUUGUAUGAAAUAUCUUAUUUGUAGCUAUAUUGAAUGAAGUAUUUACAACAGAUCACUUGAAUAUUUUUUAUAGCUUUGAAGAUAGGAAAAAUAUUUCAAGUUGUUUGCUAUCAACAGGGCUAACUUGUGAUAACAAAUAUUUUUCAAAUUAACAUAUUUAGGUCAUCUUUCUUUUUUUAAAUGGUAUUAUAUAUUUUUUUAUAUUUACCAUUCUCUAGAUAAUUUCAUACAAUCAUAAAUAUUUAAGAUCGUGGUAAAAAAAGAGAUGGAAAAUGUUACCAAGAUAUAUUCACGCUUUUAUUAACCCUUAUCGGUCGAAAGUCACCUCUCACGUGACAACAGUACUUUGUCGCUGCCGUCGUACGUCACGUAGGAGGUGACAAGACAGAACAUGUCGAAAUUUGCUUUCUGUGAAAGGCAGGCAUAAUCUCAUCAGUCAAGUCAUCACUGCCUUUUGUACGGAAGUGAUCAAUUUUUAAUAUAACGAAUAAAGAAAAUUUUCUAAAUUUCGAUAAUGAUAGUGACAGUGAAUGUUUUGAAAGAUUUGUGUAGUAAAGCUUAUAUCAAAAAAAUGUCUAGAAAAAAUAAAUAUCAUUACAAUUUAAUAAAACCAUGAAUCUAUUCUAGAAAUUAAAUUUGUCUUUUCAUAUUUGUAAUUUUAAAUGAUUUUGAAUAAUUAAAAUCAUUAUGUUUAAAAAUCAUGGAUGUCUGAAAAUAAGAGUGACUUAUAUUUCUUCUGAAACCCUUCCUACAAAUUUUUACUAUUUUUUCUGUAUCAAAUAAUUAUUACUUGAAACAUUUUAUUCUAUCUUUAAAGUUAAAAUAUGUUGACUUGUUUUAAAUGCCUCACCCAAUAUAGUGCAAUUAAUUUAAAAAAUAUACUUUUUUUCAGCAUUCGCAAGGUCUCCUGACGCUCGUGGUCCGGUAAGGGGACAUGACCUUCUGGACAUUCAGGGCAGAAUGCAGCAGUUUUAGCUUCUUCUGCUUUUUGUUGAGCUUCCUUUCGAUCCUUAAUAUAUCUGAGAUAAAAAAUUAAUUACUUAAACAAUUAUAUGUGUCAAAUAUAUAUCAUUAUAUCUUUUCAAAAAUAAAUAAAAUGCAUAGACAAACACUUAAGUUAAACAUAAAA